ACUUGUGGAACAUGGAACGGUCUACUGAAGUCAUAUUGGCACCCGAUGCCCCGGCACAGGUUGCUGAACCAUGGAUGUUUUGCAAAUCCUCUUUGUUCAGAAAGCUGAGACAGCACUUAACCAACACACGAGUAAGGCCAACCAUGGCAGCUCCGAGCUCCAGCGGACUCGAAGUCCUUUUGAACACACUGCAGAACGCUGGAGACACCGAGAGCAUGCUAAACAUCCUCAAUGUCCUGGAUGAACUGUUGUCAGCAGGCACAGACAGACGGAUUAAUUAUAUGAUAUCGAAAGGAGGCAGCGAAGCUCUGCUGACAGCUUUGGUGAGCUCCGCCCGGUGCUACACACCCAACUACACCAUCCUACUGCCACUACUACACCUGCUGGCCAAGGUGGGCCACCGGGAUCGUCAGAUUGGUCUGAAAGCACAGAAGGAGGAUGCAGCUCUAGUGGUUCUGAGUUUGCUUAGGCAAAAUACAAAGAACGCCCAGAGAGCUGCAGCCUGUCUUUGGGUGCUCCGAGUAUUCUGUUCCUCUGUAACCACAGCGGCUUUGCUGGGAAGGAACCGAGGGCUGGACGUAGUCUUCAAGCUGAUAUGUCCACACACAACCAAGCACUUACGUACUGUAAAGGCUGCCGUCGAUGCUUUCGCCGCAAUGUUAUGCUCAAAGGCCAACUGUCGGACUGCCAUUGCCAAAGGCUACAUUGGCGAUCUUCUAAAGCUGUACGAAGACUGGCACAACAAUGAUGCCAACCUAGAGAACAUUCCUAUCCGCAGAGCCAUAAUGCACUGUCUGCACCAUGCUGCCAACUCAAGUGUGGGCAGAGAGGCCUUGGUUGCUGAGGGCGGCAUGCAUAUUCUGUUCCAGACCACUCAGGCCUGCUUGACCAUGAAAGGCCUAGAAUCUCUGGUGGAUCCGGCUGUCCAGCUCAUGCGGAAAUGCUAUCCAAAAGUCCCUAUUCCUCUGACUUCAGAUAAGAGUGCCUACAUUUUCCCCCUUCCUGGAAGGCCUGUUGAUUGCUGGGAUGCUGAUUUAGAGUCUUACGAUGGCGGUUUAGAAGAAGACAGUGACGAGGACACGGAGAACGAAGAGCUAGACAACAGGGACUACGAGGAUGACCUGGAAACAGAUGUGAACAAGCUGCAGCCCAGACCAGAGCCCGACAGACCCCUAGAGCAGCUGAGCCAAUAUGUGCGCUUCUGCCCUGAGCUUCACCACGAAUUCCAGUUGAACAAACGUGUCUUCCAGGAUUUGGAUUCCAGCUCUGAGGUUGAUGAAAGCGCAGAUGAAGACAGUUCUUUGGAGGGGAACUUCAGCCAGAAGAUACCAAGAGGCAGGAGAUCAAAAGCGAGCAAAGGAGAAUCCUUGUUGCCCUCCAGCCCAGAUUCGCCUAUCUCCCUUGAGUUGAACCCUGGUUCAGAGGAAGACAACCAUCUCCAGACCAGGGAUUUCCACAAACAUUACCUCAACUGCUCUAGGAACAUCCAAGAGGGCCAUUGCAGUAUGGUAGACAGGCUUCUGGAGAAGUAUGGGAGCGUUAUUCCCAACCACGAUCCACGUCUGUACAAUGCCACUGCUGCCAAUACCAAGUCUAUUGUGGGAUACUCCAUCCUAGCUUUUCCUGACUUCUGGGGUCACCUGCCUCCACAAGGAAAAGAGCCAAUGGCUAAAAGACCACCCAAUGCUCAAAGAAAGAAAGUUCUUGAAGACAUUCAGCGUCUUCUCUGCCCAGAGAAGAUCAUCAACAAGGUUGUUUUUGACAUGGAGGAUCCCAGUCCACAGUGUUCCUACGAGACAUAUCCCAGCUCCCUUCGAUUCUUCUCCAAAUUUGAGAGUGGAAACCUACAAAAAGCUAUUCAUGUCCGCAGUCACGAAUAUGAUCUGAUUCUCAAUGCUGAUGUCAAUUGCUCUGCACACUAUCAGUGGUUCUAUUUUGAAGUCAGCGGUAUGGUGGCCGGUGUGCCUUACCGUUUCAACAUCAUCAACUGUGAAAAAGGAAACAGUCAGUACAACUACGGCAUGCAGCCUGUGCUGUAUUCUGUGAGAGAGGCUCUGGAGGGCAAACCACACUGGGUGAGAACAGGCUCUGAGAUCUGCUACUACAGAAAUCAUUUCUGCCCCAGAAGAGGUCAAAGUUCUUCUUUCUACACGCUGACUUUCACUGUGACCUUUCGGCAUGACGACGAUGUGUGCUACUUGGCCUACCACUACCCUUACACCUACACCACCCUCCAGACCCAUCUGAAGAUGUUGGAGAAAUCGGUAGACCCAAGCAAGGUCUUUUUCAGGCAACAAAAUCUCUGCGACACGCUGGCAGGGAAUUCCUGCUCUUUAGUCACGAUCACAGCCUGCCCUUCUUCCAAAGCCUGGAAACACCUGCACCAACUGCGUAACCGGCCAUGUGUGGUACUGACAGCGAGGGUUCAUCCUGGAGAGAGCAAUUCCAGCUGGGUAAUGAAGGGCACACUGGAGUUCCUGUGCAGCAGUGAUCCUGUUGCAGAGAGCUUGAGGGAGGCUUACAUCUUCAAAAUCAUACCCAUGCUCAACCCUGAUGGGGUCAUUAAUGGCAACAAUCGUUGUUCUCUCAAUGGCGAGGAUCUGAACAGACAGUGGCUGAAGCCUGACCUUAAUUUCAGCCCAACGAUUUACCACACCAAAGGAUUUCUCUAUUACCUCAACAGCAUAGGCAGAACUCCACUGGUGUUCUGCGAUUACCAUGGCCACUCCAGGAAGAAGAAUGUGUUUCUGUAUGGCUGCAGUAUGAAGGAAACCCUGUGGCAAUCUGGAUCUCCCAUUAACACAGCUUCACUGAAAGAGGACCCGGGUUACAGGACCAUCGCUAAGACACUGGACCGAAUUGCUCCUGCGUUCUCCUUCAACAACUGCAACUAUCUGGUGGAGAAGUCUCGGGCAUCCACGGCUCGAGUGGUGGUUUGGAGGGAGAUUGGCAUUCUCCGAAGCUACACGAUGGAAAGUACUUACAAUGGCUGCAAUCAAGGCAUCUACAAGGGUCUUCAGAUAGGCACACAUGAAAUGGAAGAGAUGGGGAUGAAGUUUAGUCAAAGUCUUCUUACCCUCAGGAAAAACUCCCUCCUUUACAACAGCCGUCUUAUCCACCAUGCUUCUGCUCUGCUGGACCUCAACAACCAAGUCGUCGACCACAAAUCCAAUAAUUGCUAUGAGGACGAUGAGCCUCCUUGCACUGAGGAGAUCGAGUACUCGUCCUUCAGUGACCCGUUUGGAGCCAACGAUCUGGACAUGGAGGUGAAUGGUAACAUACAUAGUGCAGAGGAGGAGGAUGAAGGAGAUGCAGACAUCUGCGAGAAUGUGAGACUGCAAACGGACAGGAAGUCCCAUCUCCUUCCUCACAUCUUGCCACAAGACGCCCUGGAGACUCUAACCAUCAAGGAUGGACAGUGUAAUGGCAUUAACGUCGGCAACAGCUACUAUUGUUAGGAUUCCUUUGUUUGUCUUUUCUGUUAUUUGUCAUUUAUGUUACAAAAUAGUGUCUUGAGUAUUAGCUUAUCUUAAGGAAUUUGAUUUAGUCAUUAUUUACACAGCCUCAUGUUGUCCAAAUACUGUACAGUACUAACCCAUGUCAUCCAUAUUUUAAUUUCUGUCUUAUGUAGAACACAAAAGGAGAUAUUAGCAGAAUGUUAGCUUCAGUAAACUUUCAAUUUGAGUACAUCAUCUUUCCAUACCAUGAAAGUGAAUGAUGACUGAGACUGUCAUUCUGCCUUACAUCUCCUUUUGUGUUUUACAGGGGAGAAACAAAAAAACAUACAGGGUUUGGAAUGGCAUGAGGGAAUGAGGCUGAGUAAAAGAUUGUAUUUUUAUUUUUAAACUAAUGGGUGAACUGUCCCUUUAAGGGUGAUUACAUAUUUAGUUACCGAGGUCUUGAGUGAAGUCUGAAGUGCUAAACAUGCACACCUGCAAAACAUUGUCAGUGCCUGAACAUAGAUGAGAUUCCACCAUUACAAAUCUAAACGAUGUAACUGUAUAUACAUUGUAUGGCCAAAAUGUAGAUGCCAAAAUACCACAGCCAUAUGUGCUUGUUGAGCAUUUGAUUUAGUUUUUGGCCAUGUAGUGUAUUUCAUAGCUAGAACAACACUUUAAGAAUAAUUCAACAUUGCAUUAUUUGAUGAGCCAACGAUUUGGUCUCUGCAGUGCAUCGUACAUUAAUUCAAAUCAUGACAACAUUGUGGGUUUGUUUACAACUCUACUUACUGUAAACAACAGGCUGUUAGCUUGCUGAGCAAUUCAAGAACCUCUCUAUAUAACUUUUAUUUUACAUAAAUAAGAUAUAUGCACUUCAUAUAAAGUUUACUUUUAACAAUAUUUAUUAUAAUAUUAGCUUUGAUCAAAUCAAUAAGCGUUUGUUUUUAGUAUGUUAUGUUAUACAAUUUUUCAAUUUGAUUAUUAGUUAUAAAUUAAUACUGACGUUUAUACAGUACAUAUAUAUAGAGAGAGAGAGAGAGUGAGAGAGAGUGUGAGAGAGCGAGAGAGAGAGAGAGAGAGAGAGAGAAUAUUCUGCAUACAUAAUUCAAUUUUAGAAUUUUGCUUAAUAGUAAUUAUAUAACAGAGCUCUGGCUGCCAAAAAAAUUUGAUAGGGGCUUUCCUUCUUUUAAGAACACUUGUUAAAACAGUAUAAAGAGACAGACUCUGUAUUAAACAUAACAUUC